AUGUAUUAUCAGAUGACCAAGUCUUCUUACAUGGACUCUUUGAAAAUUCUUGAGGCUGACAUAGAGCACGCCAAUGGACUGGCUGCUGAGAUUCCCAUGGGGAAGAGCGGUGUGCGUCUUCAGAUGAAACUGGUGUGCAGUAACUUGGCUCCUUUCUUCAUAUUCCUGCUCCAAUGGAUGGAUCUCUCAUGUCUUCUUCCAAGAUACUUUGAUUUCUUCCACAUCCUCAUUUACAAGGUACGUGCUGAUGGACGGUGGAAUCUAUCCAGGUACGGAAGGAAAGCUACAAUCAGAGAGUUUUACGGUGUUAUCUUACCGUCACUUGAGAGACUUCAUAUCAACUUCGCUGACUUUCCCGGCGGCUGCGACAGUUUAUGGUAUCCGAAACCAAAAGCCAUCACCAAGAACAAGAAGAAGACUUACGACAUUGAAGGCAACAGAGUCACGAGCAGCGUAGACUUGGAGAGAGAAGACGAGUGUGGGAUUUGCUUAGAGCCUUGCACCAAAAUGGUGCUGCCUAACUGUUGCCAUGCAAUGUGCAUCAAGUGUUACCGUAACUGGAACACAAAGUCCGAGUCUUGCCCGUUCUGUCGAGGAAGCAUCAAGAGAGUGAACUCGGAGGAUCUUUGGGUGCUGACUUGCGAUGGAGAUGUUGUGGAUACAGAGACGGUGACCAAAGAAGAUCUUCUCCGGUUCUAUUUGCACAUCAAUAGCCUCCCAAAGGAUUAUCCUGAAGCCGUCUUCUUAGUCUACAACGAGUACUUGAUUUGA